AUGGCAAAACCCAAUUUAAAAAAUACAGAUAAUGACCGUAAGAUGACACUACAAGUUACAUGUUCCAAAUGUAAGCGUAAGGUUGACCCAAAAAAUACAAUGUUAUGCUCGCUAUGCAGGAAUAACUUUGAAUUUGAUUGCGUCGGAUACUCGAAGAGACUAUACCGCUUAAAAGAUGCAGCAGCUAAAAGUAAAUGGAAGUGCAAAGACUGUAGCCAAAAAUCAAGAGGGACUUCGACACCUUACUCCUCUUUAUCCCACGUAACCACAAGGAAAUAUAAAAUAGCUAGGAAAUCCUACGAAAGCCCUUCUACUUCAAGUGCAAUUUUUAUGUCGACUGAGACGGAACCUUCAGAAAUGGCGCCUGCAAGUGUGUUAGUACAUCUGGACGAUUCACAAACAAUGCAGAGAAGCAUUGCUCAACUGAAUGCCUCACCAAUAAAUCAAAUAGACGACUCACAAGCACUAACUUUAUCCCACGAUUCCAACGAACCUGAUGACUCACAUGUGCUGACUACCUCCCACGAUCUGAGUGAGCUUGUGGUUUCCUUUCGUAAACCACUUUCAAAAAGUUUGGAUCAAACUAUAACCGACUCUAUUGCAAUACAGGAAAUGAAGGACACAAUGAACCGACUCCGAACGGAAUAUAACAUACUACAGAAUGAAUUCGAUAACAUAUAA